AAAAUAUGGUGAAAGCAAAAACAGCAGUAGUAGUAGUCUCUCCUUCGACUUGGCUCUUUCGCAGAUUGAGUAUACAGCCAUGGCCUUGAGAACAGUGACGAGGAAGAUAGGGAGUAAACUGUUACCCAGGUUUUGUCCUGCAUCUCUAUUGCAUUCUCAUGCCACAAGCUUUGGAUUCAAGGAAGUACGGGAAGAGGAAAAAAGUCAAAUGGUUGGUAAUGUCUUCAGCAAUGUUGCUUCAAACUAUGAUACAAUGAAUGAUUUGAUGAGUGUAGGAUUACACAGAUUAUGGAAGGAUAGAUUGGUUUCCAAACUGAAUCCUUUUCCUGGAAUGAACCAUCUUGAUGUGGCUGGUGGAACAGGUGAUGUUGCUUUCAGAAUACUAGACAGUAUAAACAGCAUCAAACGUAGAGCUUUGCUGAAUGUUCUUGAAGAUGAUUUACAGGAAGAAACUAAGGUGUAUGUAUGUGACAUCAAUCCCAACAUGUUGAAUGUUGGUAAAAAGCGGGCCUUGCAGAGAGGUCUUGGAGAAGACAAAUCCCUUCUAUGGGUGGAGGGAGAUGCAGAAGCCCUGAGUUUCGGAGAUAAUACAAUGGAUGGUUACACAAUUGCAUUUGGGAUCCGGAAUGUCACACACAUAGAGAAAGCACUUUCUGAAGCUUAUAGGGUACUAAAACGGGGAGGAAGGUUCCUGUGCCUUGAACUCAGCCAUGUAGAGGUACCUGUAUUCAAAGACUUCUAUGACUUUUAUUCAUUCUCAAUCAUUCCCACCCUAGGAGAGCUAGUUGCAGGAGAUAGAGAAUCUUAUCAGUACUUGGUAGAGAGUAUUCGUCGCUUUCCACCACAGGAGACAUUUGCUUCAAUGAUUGCAGAUGCAGGUUUCCAGAAGGUUGAGUAUGAAAAUCUAGUUGGAGGAGUGGUAGCGAUUCAUUCAGGGUUGAAAAUUUAGUAAUGUACUUGAAAAAAAUUUGGUAGUUAGGUUUCUGUUAGCUCUUCAAAUCGAAUCCAAGAAACUAAGUAGAUUACAAUAAAUAAUAUAAAGUCAAUUGAUUUUUUUUCUUUU